AGCAAAAACAAAAAGGGCACGUAGCACCGUUCUAUCACAUUAUUUGUUUACCCAGACAUUAAUUUACAUAUUUAAAUAAUUGCUAUUGUACAGAUUUGUUAGAAGCAACAAAUUGAAUUAAAAUACAUUCCACUUAAUCAAAGUCAUUCAAAGAAAAGCUUCUUCCCUCUCAGAAUUGUUUGUUGCAAGCUAAAAGCAACAGGUUUUGUAAAUUGCCGGUUACUGACGAUAAUCACGACGUGUUACAUAGAAAUAUAAAAAAACCAUUCCAACUAAAAUCUAUUUGAGUAAAAACUAUUAUUCAGUAUCAGUUGUAAAUUGUAAGCGAGAGCGACAAUCAAUAUGAACGGCAUUCAUGAAGGUUGGUUUAGUGAAAUCCAAGAUGACCUGUGGCCUGGCCAAUGCUUUUCUUUGAAAGUAAAAAAGAUCCUUCACGAGGAGAAGUCCAAGUAUCAAGACAUCAAAAUAGUUGAGACGGAGACGUUUGGAACAUGCCUCAUUCUCGAUGGAAUCAUACAAUGUACAUCUCGUGACGAGAUGUCAUACCAGGAAAUGAUAUCAUUUUUACCCAUGUGUUGCCAUCCGGAACCUCGCAAGGUGUUAAUUGUUGGAGGUGGUGACGGUGGUGUUGCACGUGAAGUUGUCAAGCAUCCAGAUGUGGAAGAAGUCCAUCAGGUGGAGAUCGAUGACAGAGUAGUAGAUUUAUCCAAGCAGUACCUUCCUAAUAUGGCAUGUGGAUUCGAACAUCCCAAACUUCGUUUGACCAUUGGUGAUGGCUUUGAGUACAUGAAGCAGCAUAAGAACGAAUUCGAUGUUAUUAUCACCGAUAGCUCCGACCCAAUCGGACCAGCUGUGAGUCUGUUCCAAGAGAGCUACUAUGAACUCAUGAAAAAUGCUCUUCGUAAAGGAGGAAUCGUUUCUUCGCAAGGAGGCAGUUAUUGGCUGGAUCAGGAUUAUAUUAAGAAAACCAUGAAUGGUUGCAAACAGCAUUUCGCCCAGGUGGCAUACGCUGUUACCUCAGUGCCAUCUUAUCCAUCUGGAAACAUUGGAUUUGUGAUUGGCAGCUUAGAUACGUCUAGAUCGCUUCGUGAUGAACCAGCAAGGAAAUUCACUAACAAAGAAAUCGACAAAAUGGGAUUGAAAUACUAUUCUACCGCCAUGCACAAGGCCGCUUUUACAUUGCCUCGGUAUAUUGAGAAGCAUUUUUAUGAAUCUUAAACUCAAAGCAAAUCUCAAUCAUAUUGUAAAUUGUACAGAAUUAAAUAUAUAUUUUUUUACUUUUUUAUACGAUUAUAUUUUUCUCGAAUACAAAUUAAAAAUAAAAUGAAUUAAAUUUAUUGAAUCACA